AUGUUCGAUUAUUUAGUCGUCAAAAAAGGGAGAAUACACCAUAGAAUCCGCAAAGAAAAAAAAAACAUAAUCUGGAAUCACAAAAUUAGGGUUGUCUAUAAUCAAAUUGGCCGAUCAAUCAUACCUCAAAUUAUUCUGCCAGUGAUAGAAGGCGGAGAGAUCUACAGACUCGAGGAAGCCACAGUGUUCGAAGAUGGAGACGAAGUCGCCGCCAAGAGGGAUCUGAGAAGCUCUCUGGUGCCAACGGACGAGCUUGGCGUGGCGGGUCCUCGACCAUUGAGGGAGGAGAAGCUCGAGAGAGGAGGGAGAGCGUGCGUAAACGGCAAGGGAGGAGACGGAUGGGAAGCAGAGGUGGAGACGGAGAGCGAGGAGGCUGUGGUAGUCAAUGGGGAGGGAGGAGAAAAGAGAGUGACCCACGAGGAGAGGAAGGAGAGAUCUGAGGUGGGAGAUGGAUCGGAAGCAGCCGGGGAGGAGGUGGAGGUCACGCGUUGCCGUGGAGAGUGA